AUGUCGUUACAAGAGCUCUCUAUCGGUAACGACCUAAAAGAUCAGUACAAAAGCACCUCCAAGUGGAUCAACAAUGGAAUCUCAUGGUUGCUGGACAUUGACAGCUUUUACAAAGAACGAGCUACCAUUGAACAAGAAUACGCCGCAAAGCUCAAAGACUUGACUAAAAGACACUUUGCUAAAAAAGCAAAACACUCAUCUGCAUUGUCUGUGGGAGAUGAACCACAAAUCACACCGGGAUCAUUGGAGAGCGCCUCGGUGGUGUUGUGGAAUGAGGUACUCACCCAGACUGAGAAUAUCGCCAAAGAACGAGACCAUUUGGCCAGUGAAUUCACAUCGAAUAUUGCUUUCAACGUGAUUCAAUUGCAGAGCAAAUGCCUGAACAUUGCAAAACACAUAGACACGAUUCACGAAUUUUUAACUUCCGAGAAGACAAAGCUGGAGGAGGAGGUUGCCAAGGCAAAGAAGCACUACGAUUCCUUGUGCCAGAGUACAGAAAAUGCUAGACUGAAAACCGAAAAGUCACUGAGCGAUAAGUACCAACAAAGACUCAAGGAAAAAGAAGUCGACAUGAAUAUUGGUAAGAACGCAUACUUAAUUUGCAUCAGUCAAGCCAACCGCCUUAAAGACAAAUACUACUUCCAGGACUUGCCAGAGAUUCUCGACUACUAUCAGGAUUUGAACGAAACACGUGUGGCCAUUUUAAACAAGGUGUUAAAGAAUGCGUCCAUAAUUGAGCGUAAUUCAAAUGACAAAGUGAAGGACUUGCUUCAUGACAUAGAUGCCACCAUUGAUCAAAACAAUCCUAAGUUGGACGUUGCCAUGUUUAUUAAACACAAUUCAAGAGCUUGGAAAGAACCGAACGACUUCGUCUUUGAACCCUGUAGCUUCUGGCACGAUGAUGAAUCGUUGGUGACCAAAGAGCCUGAAUUGACAGAUUUGAAGAGAAGACUCAAUCUAACAUUGAAUAAAUACAGUUCUGGAAAAGAGAGUACACUUAUAGCUAAACAAAAGCUAGAGGAGGUCGCACAAAGCAGAAGCGCCUCGGAGGAGAAAGAAACUCUCAAGUUCGAUCUGAGACUCGACGAUGUUUUGACUUUACUUCACAAAUUCAUGAAGGAGGAUUCAGAAAGAGUCAAACUAGAGGUUGAAAUCGAGAUCAUUCAAAACUUCGCUGGUGAUCAAGACAUGUCUUAUUACGAAGAAGCCAAACCGCAGAAGUCACGCUUUGGCAUUUUUAAACACAAAAAGAAGCUGCCAGCAACAGAUCAAGGUAGCGAGACCCAAUCGCUUCAUACUGUUACUAGUAAUGUGACGACACAUUCAGGUGGCCUUUUCAGUUUGCGCAGAAAGAAAACAGCUGCGUCAAAUGCAGAAUCAGCUUAUCACACAUCAAGAGCUACAGCCAACUACCCAUACGAGGCUUCCGGUGAUGAUGAAAUUUCUCUCCGACAGGGUGAAAGUUACGAUGUUGUGGAGGAAGAUGAUGGCUCUGGGUGGACUACUCUCAGAGAUAAUGCGGGUGCACAGGGAUUGGCUCCAACUUCAUAUCUUGCUUUCAUGAGUGUACCUCCCAAUGAAAAUGAUCUGGGACAGACACCAAAAAAGAAAGGACCGGCAGUUGCACCGAAACGAGGAGCUAAAAGGGUGGAAUAUUUGGAGGCGCUCUAUGAUUAUACUGCAGAGGAAGACAAUGAAUUGACAAUUAGGGCAGGAGACAAAAUUGUGCUCGUACAAGCAGACACAGAUGGCAGUGGAUGGACUGAAGGAGAGGUUGAUGGUAGAAAGGGACUAUUCCCCACUGCUUACGCCAAACGCAUAUAA